AUGAGUUUCCUAUAUAACUGGCUCCAGCCUGAGCAGCAUCGGGCCCAUCCCGACUGUAAGCUAUCCUCCAGAUCGAGCUCACUAAAUCUCUUGAGAGCCAUAAACUCCUACCCCCAAUACCACCAAAAUCGCCCGCCCAGUGCUUGUAUGAACACACUCUUCAACCGAUUCAAGAAACUAUUUUCACCAAUGGGCAAGAUCACCGAAUUUCUCUCACCCCGAAGCUCUCCUCGCAAGGGACAGGUAAAGCCGGAGGAAGAAAAAGAAAAGCGCACCGCACCCCGGAAAACCAAAGCCGAUUCACCCAAGAAACCUGCCAGAAAGCUGAGAAAGCCUCGAGACGAAGCAUCCAUCAAGACCCGAUCGAGCGCUGGUAGCUUAGCAUCGUCUUUCGUGCUCGUGUCCUCGCAAGAGACUUUCCUCUGCGAGACAAGACCAACUCAGGGUCCAUCCAAUGCAAACUUACCUCCAGUUUCUGAAUCACCGUCGCGCGAAGAACCCGCUCACCCCAGCAUGGUCCCCACCUCAAGAGCUGUUUCGGGCCUUCGUAAGAAGUCCCCCACACGAACACCGAUGUCCCGUGCGCCUAUCCAAACCAGAAGCCGAACGGCAGCCUCUCAGCACCAGUCAGCAGCACCUGCAGAGGUCGCUUCAAGUGAAGACGCGCAUGACGUACAGAGAUUCUCUUAUCCAGUAGAGAUUUUGUCAGUGGAUCCGGUCAGCACCCAGGCAGGCAGCUCAACUGCUCAGAUCCUCGAUAUUGAGGGAUUUCAUACCGAUUCAAUGGGACCUAGUAAGAGGCAAAACAAUGACAUGGUCAUUUACCCCGACAGUUUUCCUGGCGUCAAGAACAUAAAAAAUGCAUGGAAUAUCUUCGACAACUUCGCGGUGCCUCCAUCCGCCUUUGCGACUCCCCAGCCUUUUGCUGCUCCUCAGCCAGUCCCUCGUGUCGAUAGCCCUCCCAAGAAAAGACGGCUUCUUUCUCGAAAGACUAACCAGAGAAUCGACUGGUUCAGCCAUCCAUCGAGACCGAAGCUCGAGACAAUCCCGGAAUCCCAGUCGUCGGACGCUGAGACUCUGAGUGAAAAUGAAAGCAGGCUUUCUCUUUCUCAGAGCAGCUCAAAAAGAUUCUCGGCCUCAACUCCACCGCACUCCCACACGGAGACCGUUGGCGGAUUUAGCUCUCCUGCCCAGAGUACCUCUACCCAGAACUCGCAGAAGGCUACCAAGCAAGACCCGAAAUUGAUUCUAUCCAAACUGUUCCAAAUGAUGGAGGAAGACUCUAUUUAA